AGUGAGUUUGUGUGUGUAGCGGUGGAGCGUCACAUCUCUCCCGCAGCAUCAGCAUCAGCAUCACCUGCUCCUCCUCCUCCUCCUCCUCUGUCUUCUACUGCUGCUGCUGCUUGUGGUGGUGCUGCUUCUUCCUCUUCCCUUCAAGCAGCACACACACACACACACACACACGCCGCUGCAGCAGCACAGGAAGGACCCACCGACGAGGACUCUGGGACUUGGAGGAUACACAAGAUGGUGAAAUUAGGGAGUAAUCUUCAGGACAAAGGGGCCAAAGUGGUGUCCGUGGAGGAUGGCUUCCAGAAUGUUCCCCUCAUCGCCCCCCUGGAUGUGGGCAGCCUCCAGAGCCAAGGCCCUGACAAGGUGGUGGUGAAAACCCGCACAGAGUACCAGACGGAGAAGAAGAGGCUGAAGGUUCCCAAAGUGGAGGAGUUCACCAUCAGCUUUACAGAUGGCGUGUCUGAGAGACUUAAGGUGACCAUCCUCAUCAUUUUGGCAUUGGCGUUCCUCGCCUGCAUUGUGUUCCUGGUGGUCUACAAAGCCUUCACCUACGACCACGCCUGCCCGGAUGGAUUCCUGUACAAGCACAAGCGUUGCAUCCCGGCAUCGCUGGAGGCAUACUACGCCACGCAGGACUCCAACUCCAGGGGGCGCUUCUACACCGUGAUCAGCCACUACAGCAUGGCCAAGCAGACCACCUCGCACUCUGUCUCCCCCUGGCUGCCUGGAGGAGGGGCUGGGGGGCAGCCACACGACGCCAAACCCCCCAGCGAUGAGGGGCACUGAACGCAGGCAAACACACGUACACGCAUCCUAAUGCAUAUAUAUAUAGAGCGUGCCACUAGGGCGUUUAGAAUGCAUGCUGAUAUUCUAUUAAAACAUUGACUUUUACAAUGAUUUACUCCUUCUUGCUUAUUAUUUAUUGACUGUUAAUAUAUUAUUUUUGAUAGUAGUGUAUGGAUGUUUUGUAUGUAGCUCUAUCACUCAACUCUUCUGUCUAUGGUUCAUUUCCUUCUGUACUGUAUACUACACACUUGUAUAUAAACUAAUAUAUAUACUAUAUACAGUACAUACACAUUGAUGACGAGCCAUGUCCUUUACUGCCUUUGCUGUGUACAACUUCAGGCAUGCCCCCCUCAACGUGUAUAUUUCAAUACUGUGGAUUGUUUCUGUGUUCAUUGGAAAAUAUACUUAACAGUAUGUAAUUACAAUGAUCGACUUUUCUGAACAAUUAAAAACUGCGACUUUCUGCCGUGUUUCAUACGUUUAUGUGCAAGCUUUGUUUGACUUCAGUGUUGAAAGUGCUUUCUAUGAUCUGUUGUGAUGUUUGUCCAUACUAGUAAUGUAGCGAUACCUGGAAUUAAACCCCUGUGCAACCCCCCCGCCCCCACACCUUUUCUCUUAGUUCAAAUAAAAGAUUACAAAACAA